UUAAACCGUUGACUUUCCAAAUUAUACGAAAAUACCCUUUGGGAGUCCUCCAAGCAUGACUAUCUUAUCUACAGCACAGUGUGGGCAAUUCGGGUAAUAUCAAUAAACAAAAAUGAGAAGCGAGGGAGAAGGCUUCAUGAAAUCUGAAAGAGUCGUGAUGAUAUAAUAUAAAUGUAAGCUAUAUAACGCGUGGUAAUCGUGUUCUUGACCGUCCAUUUUCAUAGUAUUGAUCAGAUUAACUAAUAUAUCUUCUCGUUAUUUUGCUUCUGCUUCUUCUCCCAUUUCUGCUUUCACAUCAAUCGGAUUAUUUAUGGGCAAUACCAUUUUCUGAAUUCUUGUCUUCUCUGAUUCCUGCUGAGUUUUGCUUUCAUCACUGACUUUUGAAGCUUUCAAACGCGUGUCGUGUUGUGUAUUUCGAUUUUGAGGUCUCAGAAGCAAGCUCAGUUGUAGUAGAGCUGAGUUUUGGACAAGCUUCUGAGGUAUAUUAAAAGCUGUCCUGAAAAAAAAAGAUGCUUGUGUCCGCCCUUCUUAUGUCUGUUGGGAUAAACUCUUGCCUGUGUGUAUUGCUCUUCACACUCUACUCUGUGCUGAGGAAGCAGCCACACAACUAUGAGGUGUUCUUACCACGCCGGCUUGCGGCAGGAACCUCUAAAAGAAGGCGCAACAAGGUGGCAAGGUACAUCCCUUCUGUCCGCUGGAUUUGGAAAUCAUGGAGGCCAUCAGAAAAGGACCUCAUGGAUUCAUCUGGCCUUGACGGCGUCGUGUUUAUGAGAAUGAUCACUUUCAGUUUGAAAGUGUUCUUGUUUGCUGGGAUCAUUGGGACUUUUGUUCUCUUGCCUGUGAACUGCUUCGGGGAUCAACUUAUACAGAUUAACUACGCUGACUGGUCAGCGAAUUCUUUGGAUUUGUUCUCUGUUGCAAACCUCAAAACCCGCUCACCAUGGCUAUGGGUUCACUUUGGAGCUAUAUAUCUCGUUACUGCGUUUGUCUGCUGUCUUCUUUACUUGGAGUUCAGAUAUAUUGGCUUGAAAAGGAUUGAGCAUUUCAAUUCAUCCAGAGCUCAGCCACAACAGUUCACCAUAUUGGUUCGUAACAUCCCCUCUUCUGAUGGAAGCAGUGUGAGCGAGACUGUUGAUAGGUUCUUUACAGAAAACCACUUCUCUACCUACCUCUCUCAUGUGGUUAUCCAUCGAACUAGUAAGCUUCGAAGUAUCGUUGAUAAUGCGAAAAAGUUGUAUAAAAAGGUGAAACAUAAGAAGCCAGAUGCUCCUCGAGUUAGAAAGACGCCGAUAGUGAGAUUCUUCAGUCGCAAGGACACUCCUGAGGAUCACUAUGAGAAAGUGUUACACGAAUUGGAACAGAACAUACGCUUGGGGCAAGCUGAAGUUUCCACACCUGGAAAAGAAGUUCGAGCUGCUUUUGUAUCAUUCAAGACUCGAUACGGUGCUGCAAUGGCACUACACAUGCCGCAAUCAAUCAACCCAACUUACUGGCUCACAGAACCAGCACCAGAGCCUCAUGACGUACACUGGCCUUUCUUCUCUGCAUCAUUUAUGCAGAAAUGGCUUGCUAAGAUCGUGAUUGUGUUCGCUUGUCUCCUCCUUACUGUCUUGUUUCUUGUUCCAGUCGUACUUGUCCAAGGCCUCACCAACCUGUCUGCACUAGAAUACUUCUUCCCGUUCUUGACAUUGAUUCUAUCAAUGAAAAUUGUAAGUCAGAUAAUCACUGGGUACCUCCCAAGUCUUAUACUUCAGACGUCUCUGAAGAUCGUACCUCCCAUCAUGGAGUUUCUCUCUUCUAUCCAAGGGCACAUUUGCCACAGCGACAUACAAAAGAGUGCUUGCAACAAGGUGAUCUGGUUCACAAUAUGGAAUGUGUUCUUCGCAACUGUCUUCUCUGGUUCUGCCUUCUACAAGCUUUCUGUAAUUUUCGAUCCAAAGGAGAUUCUGGUCAAGCUGGCUGUGGCUGUUCCUGCUCAGGCAUCGUUUUUCAUCGCCUAUGUGGUCACAACAGGGUGGACUGAUACUCUGACCGAACUCUUCCGUGUGGUUCCUUUCAUGGUCAGUUACGUGAAAAGAUCACUCGAACCAACAGAUGACAAUGAACUUGUGAUCCCGCCGAUGCGGUACCACAGAGACACCCCGAGAGUGCUCUUCUUCGGUCUUCUUGGGAUUACAUACUUCUUCUUAGCUCCAUUGAUACUUCCUUUCAUCCUUCUCUACUUUGUCCUUGCAUACGUCAUCUACCGAAACCAGUUCAUAAACGUGUACGAACCAAAGUAUGACACAGGAGGGAUGUUUUGGCCAAUGAUACACUACACAAUGAUCUUCUCUCUUGUGCUCAUGCACGGAAUCGCAAUCGGUCUAUUUGCUCUCAAGAAGAUGGAACUAGCCACAUACUUGCUUGUCCCUCUUCCCGUUUUCACUCUUCUCUUCAACGAGUUCUGUCGUAAACGCUUCAUGCCUAUAUUCACCGCUUAUCCCGCUGAGGUGUUGACAAAGAGAGAUAGGGAAGAUCAAAACGAUCCAAGAAUGUCCGAGUUUUAUAAUAACUUGGUCACUGCGUACCAAGAUCCUGCUCUGCUCCCACUUCGAUUCUCAGGAAGCAGAAAUGAUAGCCUCACUAGUCCUCUUCUCUCUUCGACUUCGAGUGAGGUUUGAUUCUCUUAUGUACAAUUUUCAAUUGUACACACACAUGUGAAUAUAAAUACUUCAAUUUAUACUUCUCAAAAAACAUUGGAGAUUCAUAUUGAAACUCGAUGUCAAUUCAUUUGUAAACAUUUACAGAACCAGUCAUGAGAUUUCGUAGGUUUUUAUAAUCAUAAACGAGCUGUUGUGUUCAGCUUUGAUUAAAAGGGGU